AGAACGAUGCGCCCCCGCCGCCGCACAUCGUGUGCACGACACAAUCACCGGGGCCGUGGACGCACUCCGUACGUUCCAAAUGUCGCGGCCUCUUCCCGCGGGUUUUCAGACCGGACUCUUUGUGGCAAAGGGCCAAGGACGUGUAACUACCGCGUUUAAAGCCGUAUCGUGUAUACCGCGGUGGUUGUUUUCGUUUUAUUUUUUCGCCGCCCUCGCAGCGUCAGUAUACUGCUGCACACACGCCUUAACGCUGUUCAGGAUGAUUGCAGUGACGAUCUCAACUCGCGUUCAAAGCGUCGGUUUAUUUGUUUUAAUGCGUCUUUUGAGGGCAACGGUCGGAAAGCGAUUUAUCACCGUGUUCUGUACAUCCGUGUGGGAAGCGUAGAACGUUUAAUGUGUUCAGAAAUAUUGACUACAACAUCAUGGGACGGAACACGCAAGGAUAACAUGUGGAUAACAAUUGUCAAACGGUGUUAAGCAUUAAGGAGACAAGAGAGACGCCAUGAAAACGAGAGGGUUCGUCUUGUUGAUCCACAUCUUGGUAGAAUUAUGGCUUACCGUCGAUUGUUCCAAGUUCACCAUAAACGAACUGCUCAACUCGAUUUACCCGAAAAAAACGUCUAACGAUGUCGAUUUAGACCCUUGCAAAGCCGGUAACUUCAUGGGUGACAUAGCUGUACCCGGUGUUGAUUACAAUGAAAAUAAUAAAAAUGAUAGACGGGCGUACUCAGAAAAGGUAGAAAAAUAUAAAAAAGAAAUCAAUGAAGGACUUCAAAUCGAAGAGGAAGGGAUAAUGCAAGGGAUGAAUAAGGCAAUCAAUGUAGCACAGAUUAAGAUAAGACACAGGCACAACAAUAGGACGAGGAAGAACCAUAUAAAUAUUAGAAAAAAAGUAAAUCACAUGGAUAAAAUUGCUGUUGAAAAUCAUUUGAGCAGGAACAUAGUUCAUUCGAGAAGGCGUAGAGCGGCCACAGCAAGAAAAGAAAGGGUUUGGGAUUUCGGCGUUAUACCCUACGUGAUUGACAGUAACUUUGGCGGAUCGCACAAAGCGUUGUUCAAACAAGCCAUGAGACAUUGGGAGAACUUCACGUGUAUCAAGUUUGUUGAACGCAAUCCAAACGAACACCCUAAUUUUAUUUUGUUCACCGAAAGACCUUGUGGAUGCUGUUCAUUCGUUGGCAAACGUGGCAACGGCCCACAAGCGAUAUCUAUUGGCAAAAACUGUGAUAAGUUUGGUAUCGUCGUACAUGAACUUGGACAUGUAGUUGGAUUUUGGCACGAACACACCAGACCCGAUCGUGAUAAUCACGUGCAAAUUGUGAGAGAUCACAUCAUAGUCGGACAAGAGUAUAAUUUCAACAAACUUACCGAUGAAGAAGUAAACUCGUUGGGUCUUCCAUACGACUAUGAUUCUAUCAUGCAUUACGCUAAAAACACAUUUUCUAAGGGAUCGUACUUGGAGACCAUUCAUCCGAUCGAUGCGGUGAGAAACUCAAAGAAAAGACCAGAGAUCGGACAACGUGUCCGUCUCAGCGAAGGAGAUAUAGCUCAAACAAAGCUUUUGUAUAAAUGUUACAGAUGCGGGAAGACGUUACAAGAAAACACUGGCAUUUUUGGUUAUUCCCCUGAACCUGGACAGGAGUAUGGCGAAAGGUGUGAAUGGCGAAUCACAGCCACUCAUGGCGAACGCAUAGUACUAAAUAUCACCGAGCUGAACAUACUGAAAUCGGACCAAUGUAGUACCGAUUUUUUGGAGAUCCGUGACGGGUAUUGGCACAAAUCUCCACUGCUUGGUAGAUUUUGUGGAAGUAAUCGUAUCCAAAACCCAAUAGUGACGGGCAAUAGUAGAAUGCUGAUAAGUUUUAUGAUAUCUGAUAAAGGCACGAAAUACCAAGGAUUCACUGCGAGUUACGAAGCUGUUUGCGGUGGAGAAGUUAUGGUGACAGACGAACCGGGGCACUUAGAAUCGCCCAAUUUUCCAGACGAUUAUUUGCCGAAUAAAGAGUGCGUUUGGAAACUAACAGCUCCAGAAGGGUACCAAGUCGGAUUAAAGUUUACCGUAUUCGAGAUCGAAAACCAUGACAAUUGCUUCUAUGAUUACGUGGAGAUCAGAAACGGGCACUUAGCCGACAGCCCUUUGAUAAGCAAAUACUGCGGAUAUAAACUACCUUUAGACGUUCAUUCAACGACAAACAAACUAUAUGUCAAAUUCUUGUCAGACAGCUCCGUGCAGAAGGCUGGGUUUUCCGCUACAUUUAUGAAAGAAUACGACGAAUGCACUUCAGUAGACCAUGGGUGCGAGCAGUUCUGCAUUAAUACGUUGGGUGGAUAUGAUUGCGCAUGUAAAGUGGGUUUUGAACUUCACUCCGACAACAAACACUGCGAAGACGCUUGCGGCGGUAUAAUCGAAGCAACCAAUGGCACAAUAACUAGUCCAUCGUUUCCAGACUUGUAUCCAGGUAAUAAGAGUUGUAUCUGGGAAAUAAUAGCACCGACUCAAUUCAAAAUCACGUUGAACUUUACACAUUUCGAUCUGGAAGGAAACAAUUUACAUCAGGCUGAAUGUGAGUAUGAUCGUGUGGAAGUGUAUAGCAGAAUUGGAUCUGAUAAGCUGCGAAAACAUGGUAUGUACUGUGGUCAAGAGGCACCAUCUAUGAUCACUUCAGAAGCUAACGCGUUGCGUGUAGAAUUCGAAUCAGACAGUUCGGUGCACAAAACGGGAUUCGCUGCAGUUUUCUUCAUCGACAUGGACGAGUGCGCCGUCAAUAACGGUGGCUGUCAACACGAGUGUAAAAACACACCGGGAUCGUACGAGUGCAUGUGCAAUAAUGGGUUCACGUUGCACGAGAACAAACAUGACUGUAAGGAAGGCGGUUGCAAACACGAAAUUUCCGCGCCUCAUGGUGAAAUCAGCAGCCCCAAUUACCCGGAUUCGUACCCCGGCCGUAAAGAUUGUGUCUGGCAUUUCACUACUACUCCAGGUCAUAGGAUCAAAGUGCUUUUCGAUACCUUUGAAAUGGAACCACACCAAGAAUGCGCUUACGAUCACAUCACAUUCUAUGAUGGACCCACGCCAGAUUCUCAGACGCUGGGUAGGUUUUGUGGCUCGAAAACACCUCAUCCAAUCGUAUCUUCGUCCAAUCAACUGUACUUGGCUUUCAAGAGUGACGCUUCAGUACAACGCAAAGGAUUUUCGGCGACUCACAGCACAGUUUGUGGUGGUAGGUUGAUAGCCACGAAUAAUGUUAAACACUUCUAUUCGCAUUCCAACUACGGAGAUUUGAACUACGACAGCGAUACUAUUUGCGAAUGGACCAUCGAAGCCAAAGCCAACAUGAACGUGCAUCUGACAUUCUUGACGUUUGAACUGGAAGAAGAAAAGGACUGCAUGUAUGAUUAUGUAGAUGUAUGGAGUGGCUUGGAUACAAGUGGACCGUUCUUUGGCAAAUUUUGUGGACCCACCAAUCCCACCGACGUGAUAUCUAUGAACGACGCUCUCUUGCUCAGAUUUAAGACGGACAGCACGAUUGUAAGUAAAGGAUUCUCCGCUUCGUAUGUAGCGGUGGAGUCAACGAGCUCUAGUGUGGAAUACUCAUCGCAAAUUGAUGAGGACUACAUUAGUCUUGCGGUUCUGAAGAGUAAAGAUAAGGACAAGAAUAAGAAAAAGAAAUCUCCAGGCAAGACUAAAGUUAAAAUCGAUAACGACGAAUACAAUGACCAGGACAACGAUGACAACGAUGACGACGACGACAUAGACGAUGGUAAUAAAGAUAUUCUCGUGGCCAAGAAUCCGAGGUACCGCGAUCGGUCAACGAUGGACGAUUAGAAGACGAAAAAAAUUAAGAUUAUUAGUUUAAUAGUGAUUUUUUUAAAUAUACUUAUAUUACGCAGCCCCUCUCCUACCAU